ACGGUCACACUGUCUCCUAAUUUUUUCGCCGUCGCCGUCGUUUGUUUUUGGAAAUGUCAAUUGUUGUGAAAAUAUCUGCUUAAUUGUUAAAAACGCCCAAUCGGAAAAAGCACAAAUAAUCGCAAAAAAAUUUGCGCACAAGCAGCACAAUGAAUGAAUAGAACCCCCCCAACUCUUUGCAAAGCCCCGCCCCCCAAAAUUGUGCCAAAAAGCAAGGAAAGCAGAGAUAAGAAUAGAAGAAGAGUACUGGAGAUCGCCGAGAUAUUGCAAGUCGGAUAACAACAGCAAAAACAACAACUUGGGAUUGGAUCGCCUCAGAAUUGCAACUAUCUUCUGGUGUUGUUGUUGUCGCCCGAUUACACUUCUUUCGUUGGAAACGUUUGUGCAGCAGCAGCUCUGAAUGUCUUUAUGCUUUAAUCAUGGUGUAUUUCGCCACCAACAACAACAACACCGACACUACACGCUGCUAUAUUAGAAUCUUUCUGAUAACGAACCAUGACAGAAGGACAUGAAAGCGACUUCUUAGUAACAGUACGCGCACAGGUAAUGACCAGAGACGAGAGCACCGAGGGCUGGCUUCCGCUGGCCGGGGGUGGCCUGGCCAACGUUUCGAUCCGGAAGCGGGCUAGGCUAUCCCCAUUGGCAUCGGGUCAUGACUACAUCAUCUACGGGCAGAGGAUAUCCGAUCAGAGCGUCAUCUUGAGCUGUGUGAUCAAUCGUGAUCUGAAGUAUUACAAAGUAAUGCCCACAUUUCAUCAUUGGCGCGCAGGGAAGCAGCGGAAUGGACUCACAUUUCAAACGGCCGCCGAUGCGCGUGCCUUUGACAAGGGCGUCCUGCGCGCCUACAACGAGCUGAUCGAUGGACUGGCCAAAUCGAAUCCAACGAUAAUAUGCCCACCGCUAACCAAAUAUGAUUCGGUUGGCGAAGAUGAUGUAUUCAUGACCCUGGACUUACCUGUGGAAAGCGAGAGUUUACAAAAGAUCCAUUCAAGCCCCGAGGGCAGCGAGAAAAGUCACAAGAGCGUCAGCAACAACUCCGACUCGGAGAAGCUGCCUCCGCCGCCCAUUCACUACAUAUCCACGGACAAAACAUCGGCCACCACGUCGCCGCCAGACGCACCGCCCGCAUCUGCAGCUCCAUCGCCGGCGACCGCCGGUCAAAUUGCGGCCAGUGAGAACUACUCGUACGUGACGCUGACGGCGGUGCACCACGACUACAACUAUCCAGUGGUGGAUCAGCCUGUGGGGGCGCAGGUGCUCAAUGCGCGAAGGGAGUCGAUCAGUGCGCUGAAGAAGCGCAACGCUCUGGAGGCGGCGCAAGCGAUGGCGGCGGCUCAGACGGCGGGUGGAGGAAUGGCCUGUCGCGAUGGGGGAUCGGGAAAGCCACUGCACAAGCCAAACGUAUCCGACAUCCUGAAGAAGGAGACGCGCCUGCGAUGCCGCUACUGCCACGAGCUGUACAGCGAGGACUUCAAUCGACGGGGCGCCUGCGAAUAUGCCCCGGAUCCCUUUCGCAGCGGAUACGAGUGCAUCUCCGGUAUGGGCUGUGCCCGUUGCAUGAUCUACCACUGCAUGAGCGACGCCGAGGGCGAGACGGCCCAGCAUCCGUGCGACUGCAGCGGCAGCGAGGCCGGCUGCAGCAAGCGCUGGUUGGGCCUGGCGAUCCUCUCGUUGUUCGUGCCCUGCCUGUGGUGCUAUCCGCCGCUCCGCGCCUGCCACUUGGCCGGCAUCCACUGCGGCCUCUGCGGCGGGCAGCACAAGCCGCAUGUCUGACAUUUGGAGGCCCGCUUGCAAGGACAGCACGAUGAUGACCCCAGGCCCAGAAGCGAAUUCCACUACCACCACUCCGAGCAGAGCAUUAUGAACAGCGCCAAGCGUCCGUGGGGCGCCAAGCAAAAGCAGUCGCAGCAGUCGCAGUCCCAAUCGCAGCGUCAUUUUUACAACUGGGAGCUGUCGCACAGCUUGGGUGCUCCCCAGCACCAGACUCCUCCGUAUUUAAUGCAAUCAACUGGCAGGAAGGCACCUCAGAACGAUUACGGACGCUUGCUGUUCUAGGCUUUAUCCAUGACAGCCUGAGGACCCGUUUUGGCAAACUGAUUACCAAGAAGUACUGAUUAUUUUCACCAGAUCUAAGAAAUCUUAAAGAUAUCUGAAAGAAGACAAGGAAAUGUUUUUCCGAUAAAUUACAAGGAAACGAUGUUUUCAUACUGUUGAGAUGAAAUCGCGUAGAUCAAAAAGCACAGCUUUUUAAAAUCAGGUGAAAGAAGAAAAUGUAAAAGCCAAUUCAGCUUGGAAAUCAGUUUGCCGAAAUGGGUCUCUGGUUCGAUUUUAGUAUCAUUUCGGUAUACUCCAUUUGAAUUGCCAUAAUUAAUUGUAUAUACAAAAGAGCAGGAAGGAUUAUGUAUCUAAUUUUAAUAUACUUUUAAUAUUGUGACUUAUGUUUAGUGCUCUCGCUUAAUUAUAGUUUUGUAAAAACGGGCUAUUUGUUUUUAUUCGUAACCGAAAAACUUUUUUUUUUAAAUCAAAAUAUACAAUGAUUGUUUUAGUUUUAGUUGUUUAGGGUUUUUUGCUAUUUUACACUUGCUUGUUUACAAUUCGAAAUUGGAGAACAGUAUUAAAAGGCCGAGGCAAAGGCGAAACGAGAACUAAAUA